UCAGCUGUCAGUUGCGAAUGGUCAGUCGUGUAUGUAAGAGAGAAAAAGGAGAAAAUAUGUAUCCUUUCCGUCAACGAUUUCCUCGGCGAAGGUACUUCCGAUCGGUGCCGAUAAUAUGCUUCUGCAACGGGGAUGUAACCUUGAAGACAGAUAUUCAGAUUCCUGGUCUGCUGUCUAUCCGCGAAAUGACGGAGGUGCGUUGGAAAAGGAGAUGGAGGAGGAGAGAGGCAGCCGACUUUUGGCUAUACGGUGGUUUAGAUAUGAGCCCUGACCCUGACGCCUACAGUCUUAAAAAUUUGUUCCGGGAGCGAGCAGAAUGCCGAGACCGACGCGUGUAGGCGUUAUGUGUUAAUUU